UUUUCAGGCGAUCAUGAAUAAUCUUCCUGCACUCCUUGAAAACUCAUCAGUCCCUCGGCUUACUCAGGGCCAACAAAAGAGUGAUAAUAAACCUUCACUGAUGGAAGAUACACGAAUGAGUGUCUCAAAAAUAGUUAAUAAGAAUUCUGAUUUCAAAAACAAUUUUUCGUACGAUAAGAGGGAAGCCAAAAAAUGGACAGCGUUGCGAGCAGAGUGUGAAUUGACUAUUGAGAGAGUAAAGUCUCUUGAUCAUAUUUUAUGCAGAGGAAGUUCCAAAACGGACCUUGUUUAUGCUCUAAAACAAUCUGCUCAAAUCUACACUCGCCGUGAAGAAAUGUUUGAAAUUGUUGAUUCUUCACCACCCAGUAUCGACAAACGUCGGACUCUUGCUCUGUUAUGUGAAAUUCGAAAUUUGGAUGAAGAUAGCAUUAUAGGAAAAACAAUGUCAGCUCUUGAUAUGGCAAACGGUGGUUAUCACAAAACGAAAAUCCUCGAAAAUAUGUUAGAAGAGAAGGAAAAAGAACUAAAGACAAGAGAGACGGAUGCUCAUGACUUACAGAAGUCAUUUCAAUUUUCUUUCACUGAAAUGGCAGAGACAAGUGCAAACUCUGAGUGUGGAACAAAAGUCACUAAGUGUGCGGUCGCAAAUUCAUAUACAAAACAUUAGAAAAUGUGCAUGUAAACUUACUUCCGUCUUCUUUGAAUUUCAUGUGGUUUAAUUAUUUAAAAAUUCUGUGAUUUUAUUUUUGUGAAGAAUAACAAUUUUUCAAUUAA